CAUAGGAGAAAUGGUGGAAGUGAUUCCCAAACAAAUCAAAGAUGCUUGGGACACAUGGAAUAUUAGGGGAAUGAUAAUCCUCAGUCUCUCGCUUCAGAUAAUUCUCAUUUUCUUUGCCCCCCUCAGAAAACGAACGCCCAACAAGUUCCUGAUCCUGCUCUUGUGGUCCUCGUAUCUCUUGGCAGAUUUGUCUGCGAAUUUUGCGGUUGCAUUGAUUGCCAAGAACCAAGGUAAAGACCCUAAACCCGAUGAUCCUCCUGAAGACAAGAAGCUCGUAGCCUUGUGGGCACCUUUCUUGCUCUUACACCUUGGUGGGCCAGACACCAUCACUGCGUUUUCCCUCGAAGACAAUGCCCUCUGGAAUAGACAUUUUCUUGGGCUAGUCUUUCAGGCACUUGCAGGUGUCUAUGUGGUUAUCCAGUCUCUACCCAAUGUGCUUUGGGUGGUAAUACUGUUGCUGUUCAUUGCUGGGACUUCUAAGUAUUUGGAACGGACAAUUGCGUUGUACCUUGCUAGUUCAGACAAGUACAGGAACUUGAUGUUGGAUGCAUCCAAUUCAGCGUUUGACUACACCGUGCAAGCAAAUAACCUAGAUAUGGACUCGAUACUUGCUUCUGAGAUGUAUAUGAAGGAGCAUCAUGGACAAGCGAACUCUCUGAAGCUAAAGCAUCCAGAUAAAGAGUUAACCGACCUUCAGAUUCUUCAAUUUGCUUUCUUGUUCUUCAAUAACUUUACGAGUCUUAUGGUCAAUAAUAUAUUUAGCUUGGAGAUGCGUGAUAAGAGCAAGGCCUUCUUCAGUGCAUUGCAACUACAGGAAGAAGCUUUGAGCAUUAUAGAAGCCGAGCUCGAGUUUAUCUAUGAAGGAUUGUACACAAAGGGUGCGGUUCUUCAUAGUUCUUUAGGAAUCGUGAUCAGAGUCAUAUCAGUGGGAUCCCUUGUGGCAGCCUUCACUAUUUACCACGACAGACACAAUAAGAUUCAAGAAUUUCAGAAAGCCGACAUUAUAAUCACCUACACGUUGUUCGCUGUUGGAAUAGCUCUGGAGUUUAUAUUUGUGUACAUGUUUAUGCUUUCUGACGGGGCAAUAGCCGCCCUCUCAAAGUUUAAGGAUGAUUCCGACGAGAUGUCUUCAUUAAAAGACCGCAUGCUCGAGUGGAUCCUUGGUCUCAAGAGAAAGUGGAAGGGGAAAAUUAGUCGUGAGGAGGAGGUGUUUAACACACCAUUUCUACACAGAAGAUGGACCGGAAACAUCACAAUGUUCAACUUCCUUACAUACUCCAUGAACGCAGAUACAGAAAGGAUCCACAACCCCAGGGGUAGAACGUGCCAGUAUUUAUGGAAGAUAGCACUUUCCCCUUUCAGGUACGUUUUCUCCAUCAUGCAGGCUUGGUCAGGUAGCAUUGCCAUAUGGUUUUGUGAUCUUCACCGGUAUAUUAUCCACCACGUGAUCAUUCUACCACCAGGAGAAAAUCAAGUUACUCGUUCUAUGAUCAACAUCUUCAAGACAUUUGUUGAGUUUUGGCUCAGUACUGUACCUUACUUUCUCGCGUUUCCUGUUACCUGCGUCAUUAACUUCCUAGGCAUCAGGGAACUGUUCCAUGAGAUAAGACUACGAAGAUCUCUACACCACGAACCCUUGAAAAAAAACCUAUGGUCUUUCAUAUAUUCAGAGCUGAAAAUCAGAUCACAGAAUCAAGACAGCCAGGAGAGUGCCACAACAAAAGCCUCGGCCAGGAGAGAUUGGGCGUCAAGCCAUACCCAGAUUCAGAUAGCAGAUCAUGAAAUGCUGCUACGUUACAUAACAGAUGUUGAUUAUGACCAUAGUCUUUUGAUUUGGCACAUAGCCACCGAGCUCUGUUACCAAGAGGAAGAUUCCGCCGAAAAAAACUGUGAUAAGAUGAAGCGAGAGAUCAGCAAAAUCAUCUCAGACUACAUGAUGUAUCUCUUGAUGAUGCAGCCAAAGCUGAUGUCAGAUGUAUCUGGCAUAGGAAAUAUAAGAUUUAGAGACACAUUGGCGGAGGCUGAUAGAUUCUUCACGAAGAAAGGUAUCAGAAACAGUAGAGACGUGAAUUUAGGUAGCAAGAAAAUUCUUUCAGUAGAUACCAGCAUAGAACCAAGUGAUGUCAAAGGAAAUCAUUGCAAAUCGGUGUUAUUUGAGGCAAGUUCAGUGGCCAAAGAACUUCUGAAACUGGAGGAGGAUUUUGGAAAAGACAAAUGGGAGGUACUUAGCAAGGUGUGGUUGGAGUUCCUAAUGCACGCAGCAUCCCAUAGUGACGGUACAACACGUUUAGAGCUUCUUAGCAAAGGUGGGGAGUUUAUCAACUUCGUUUGGCUACUAAUGGCUCACUUUGGCUUAGGGGAUUGAUAAGCUAAGUUCAAGAAUGGCGAUUCAGAGCCACAACUUGAGGUGUGUGUCUCAAAAUAUGCUUAUGUUUUAAUACUUUUGUGUGUUUCGACUAUGAAAUAAGCUUCACAACCUAAUCGUAUGCAAAAACCUAACAUUGAAAGCAAUCUGAUAUAUAUAUAUAUAUAUAUAUAUAUAUAUUCUCAUGA